UAUUUGUCUCUCCAAGUCAUCUCUCUAAGCCUUCUCUCUCUCUCUCCAUAACGGCAACGGACACUGCACCGGUAGUUAAAGAGAUAAAACCUCUCGUCAAUGUCGUUAUCGUUUUGCACUCUCUUGCUUGCCUCUCUCUCUAACACACUAUGGCUUCCCUGUCCAGUGGGAUUGCCUGUCUUGGAAUACCUCAACCCCAGGGCUCUUGCAGAAAGAUAGCUUCUCUGCAACCUGUUAACCAUCCUCUGCAUUCUGCAUCCCUUCAUAUUCAUCGCAAAUUUCGUUUUUUUCCUGCUUCAAGACCAAGGUUUAGUGUCAGAGCUACAGAAACAGAUGCAAAUGAAGUUAAACCUUCAGCUCCGGAUAAGGUGCCCGGUGGAAAUAAUGGUGGUUCCAGCUUCAACCAGCUUCUUGGCAUAAAAGGAGCAUCGCAAGAAUCGAAUACAUGGAAGAUUCGUCUCCAGCUAACAAAGCCUGUUACUUGGCCUCCAUUGGUAUGGGGAGUGGUUUGUGGAGCUGCUGCUUCUGGCAACUUUCACUGGAAUAUAGAAGAUGUGGCAAAAUCUAUUGUUUGCAUGUUGUUGUCUGGACCCUUUCUUACUGGUUAUACACAGACCAUAAAUGACUAUUAUGAUAAAGAAAUCGAUGCGAUUAAUGAACCCUAUCGUCCAAUUCCAUCAGGAGCAAUAUCAGAGGGUGAAGUGAUUACUCAGAUUUGGGUUCUGCUCCUUGGUGGCCUUGGUUUGGCAGUUCUGCUGGAUGUGUGGGCAGGGCAUAGUUUUCCUAUAAUUUUUUGUCUAGCAGUGGGUGGAUCCUUAUUGUCAUACAUAUAUUCUGCUCCACCUCUUAAGCUCAAGCAGAAUGGAUGGAUCGGAAAUUUUGCGCUAGGAGCAAGCUACAUAAGCCUGCCUUGGUGGGCUGGUCAAGCUUUAUUUGGAACCCUUACUCCUGAUGUAAUCGUAUUGACAGUGUUGUACAGCAUUGCAGGGCUAGGUAUUGCUAUCAUAAAUGACUUCAAAAGUAUAGAAGGAGAUAGAGCACUUGGUUUGCAGUCACUUCCAGUGGCAUUUGGUGUUGAUACUGCCAAAUGGAUUUGUGUCGGUGCAAUAGACAUUACACAGAUAUCAGUAGCUGGUUAUCUCUUAGCAACUGGAAAAACAUAUUAUGCAUUGGCUUUGAUGGGCUUGGUCAUUCCCCAAAUGAUUUUCCAGUUUCAGUACUUCCUGAAAGACCCAAUAAAAUAUGAUGUCAAAUAUCAGGCCAGCGCUCAGCCCUUUCUUGUACUUGGUAUUUUGGUGACAGCCUUGGCAUACAGCCAUUGAAGUAUACGAAUUUGGAACUUCCACUAUGCUUAUCAGUUAUCACAUUGAUAUGCUGCAAAGCGAUUGUGUGCUCCUGUGUCUGAUAUGAGGAUGACUGUGGAACAGCAUUUGGAUGCAUCUUUGGGAAAUCAUGUACUGGUAUGCAGCAUAAAUGAAGAUCCCUGGAUGGAAUAAGAGGGACCAAUGAUGUAUAGCUGUGGUACUUCGCAGUGCAAGGUGGGUUUUUCCUUGGUUGGUGUAUAUCUGGUUUCCCUGAAUAACCAUCUCAUUUUUGCUGGAAUAUAUUGCUUAGUGUCUCUCUCUCUCUCCAGAAGCGAGGGGAAACCCUUGAGGUGGUGAAUAAAUAGUAAUUCAUGUAUAAGACCAUCAGCCUGUUGAAAGUUUCAGGCUAUUAAUGCCAGUGUUUCUCUCUCGGUUCUAGAAAGAA